AUGGAAACUUAAUAAAGUGUAUAAGCAAAAGCUUAAUUUAAAGUAGAAUCAUUUGAAGGAAAUGAAUUCAUAGAUUUUACUUUAAAAUUAAAAUUGGAUGAGACUGCCCUAGUUUAGAAUAACUCACGUUAAAAAAACUAUUAAAUUGUGAUUGACAAUAGUGGCUCAAUGGAUGGUACUAACAUCCAAUUAACAAAACAGCUAUGCAACGAGUUAGUUUAAUUUGUGAUAAAAACAUAACCUCAUUCUAAAAUUUCCCUAAUGACCUUCAAUACAUCAAUAGAUCAUGUAGAAAAUCUGCAUUUGAAAAGCCUCAAGUAGGUAGAAUAAUUUAUUUCAAACAUAAAUGCAAAUGGUGGAACUAUUUUUCACAUUACUUUUGAUAAGCUCAGAGAUAUAUGUUAAAAAUUUACUAAUCAAAAUGAAGAACUUGUUAUCGUUUAUUUGACUGAUGGAUAAGUUUAAAGCGGAUAAGACUCUACAAACUUAAAAGACUCCUUUAUAUUCUUGUAAUAGGUUUUAAAAAAAUUUGUGAAUAAUGUAGAGGUUCAUGCUUUAGGCAUGGGAACUUCACAUGAUCCAGUCAUUUUAGAUAAAAUUAUUUCACUUUAGACAACUCAGAGCACCUACUAAUUUAUUAAAGAAAGUAGCGAAAUAGAGGGUGCUUUCAAAAAUAUUGUUGAUAUUAUAGGACAAAAUUUUAUUGAAGCAUAUUUGCAACGUAAAGAUGGAUAACUUUGCAGAAUACCUUUGCUUAAGAGUGCAAUCGAUGUAUCACAAAAAUAGAAAAAUUGUGUUUUAAUUGAUAAUGAUUUGAAAGAAAAAAUAUUCUAUAAUUCAAAAACAAAAGAUUUGGUGUAAGAAUUAGAAAGCAAUUUUUAAUUAAUUAUUAAUCUAAACCACACUACAAAUAUUGAGAUUCCACACCAUAUAAAGGAUAAAAGAAUUUCUAAGAUGAGUGAAGGAGAUUCUAAAUAAUUAUUUGAAUAAAUAAAUUAAAUGUACAACUACUUGGAAACGAAACUCAAAUUAAUCAUUUAGGAAUUAAAAGAAUAUGUAAAUCAAAAAAGAACUUCUAUAGAAAAAGAAUAAAUUGUGAAAUUUUCAAAUCAAAUAAAUUAAAUCAACUCAGCUUACUCAAGUUCAAUAAGCAAGCUAUUUAAGUUAAGCAGUCUACAAAGAUAAAAAAUUAAUGAAAAUAACCCUACUUUAUCUACUAGAAUUAAAGAAGCAGUAGAUAUUGUUUCCAAGCUCUCAACUAGUACAAUUAGCACUAUCGAAAUAGCUUUAUUAAAUUAAUUAGCAUAUCCAACUAUAACUAAUAGACUUUUUGCCAAGAGAUUAGAAAAAAGAAAAGGUGCUAGUAUUUAAUAGUUUAAUGAUUAUGAGAUACUAAAAGAAAAAUACCUUCAAGAGUUUUAAUCUAAAGAAUAGUAAUUAUCUAAAGAUCUCUCAUAGUUAAGUUAAGAAAUAGGUGUUUGUUUCUUAUCCUGCUAAGAUAUAACAGAGUCUAUCCUCAACAAGGACUGCCUAUGUGUUACAUUCUCUGUAACUCGUUCUGAGCUUGCAAUAGUCAGACCAGAAUCUCUCAAAAUCAAAGCAGUCUAACCAAGUAUAAUAAGUGCAAAAAGUUUUAUAGAUUGCAUUAAAUACAGUCUAGAUAUCUCACUCGAAAAUAGUGGUUCAUUCAAUAAACAGUAAGGAAACAUAGUGCAAGGUAUGAUGAGAGAAGUUAUCAAUGCAGCAAUGCCUUUAUACAUUCAUAAGGAACACUGGAAUAUGGCUAAGUUAUGGCUUGAACCCAUUCUAGGUUGGGUGGUUACUUUGGAUCCUUUAGGAUAUCACCAUGCUUAAAAGAGAACAAUUCCAUUUAUGCUACUUAAUCAUACCAUCAGAUAACUUAUUGAAUAUGGUAUUACCAAGUACGGACUUAAGUAAAUAGACCUAAUAUUCUAAACUUGCUCACAAAUUAUCAAAGAAGAAGAGCAGGAUAGUGUUCAAUUAUAGAUUGAAAAUUCCUAGGCUUUGAAAAUAAGAGAAGAAAUAAUUAAGCAAUAUGAAGGAUUUAUGCAAGAUGCUUCUCAAAGACUGGGAGAAAAAAUAACGAACAUAGAAAUUUUCUUAGCCAAGCUCUACAUUGCAAAAACUCUUGAUUGGAUCUAAAUAAAAAAGGAUGAUAUAAAAACAUUCUUUAGAUAUGUAAUUGAAGAAUAAUUAAGAAGAAACAUGUCAGAAUAUUAUUUGAAAUUCCCAAUAUUAAGUUUAAUUUAGCUAUUUGAUGGAAAUAAUGUUGUAUUUACAAAUAUGAACAACGAAUUCUUGAAUAACCUUAGCUCAACCCUCUCAAUCGUUCACUAUUACAGAUUCCUAUUUGAAGGUUUUAAUGAAUAAGACAGCAUAAAUAAAUCCAUUAAUAUAACUUAAUCUAAGAUAGACAUGAUAACUUUAGUUAUGGCUGAUAAUAUAGACUAAGUGAAGGCCCUAUUUGCUCAGAAUACUAUUUAAGGAUAAGAUAAAGUAAGAAGAUCAAGUAUUGGCUUGAAAAAAUAUUUUGAUCCAUACUCAUAAGAAUACAAUGUUUUAGACGCAAUAAAGGAAAUUUAAAAGCAAGAAUAAGUAAAUAAAGUUUCAUAUGUAGAAGAAAUGGCAUCGAAAUCUAAACAUAAAUUAAACAUUAAAGGUUAAUUUUAUUUUACUUGCCCAGAUAUAUCUAAAAAAUUAUAAGAUUAAAUGGAUUAAUUAGCUGAAAAUGACAAUAUUAAUGAUUUCAAGAUAUAAUUAGAACAAAUGUCCUAAUAUAAACAAGAUAGGUAGUGGUAUUUAUGGUAUUUGAUUUCUAAAUAAGUUGAUUAACUCAAAGAAAAGCUUUUAGUAGUUAAAGAAAAAUUUGGGCCUUUCAAAAAAUUCAAAAAAUAUUAAAUCUAUUGCUUAACUAAAGGAGGUUAUUUGAAUUCAUCUGAUAUCACAGAGCUUGAAACCCCAUGA